GUUGUCAUGUAUCAUUUUGACCAAUUCAUAAAUAAAAUAUCAUGAUAACGCAUAUAUUAGUUUUAAACAAUGUACAAGUUAUAAGUGGGUGAUGUGCCAUAACAUAGUUUAAUUUUUUACCUGUAAUUUAUAAAAUUUGAUAAUUUUAACAGAAUAAGGUUAUAAAAUGUCUCAAGACAAGAAAAUAAGAGUGGGAUCGCGUAAAAGUGAGCUUGCACUGAUACAAACCCGACAUGUUAUAUCACUGCUUAAAGAUUUAAAUCCCAAUAAGGAAUUUGAAAUAGUUACUAUGAAUACUUUGGGCGAUAAGGUGUUAGACAUACCUUUACCAAAAAUAGGGGAAAAAUCAUUAUUUACAAAAGAAUUGGAAGCUGCUCUAUCCACAAGUUGUGUGGACUUCGUAGUACACUCUCUAAAAGAUUUACCCACCACUUUACCCCCUGGAAUGGCUAUUGGGGCUGUACUAACAAGGGAAGACCCAAGAGAUGCCCUAGUUCUUCAAAAAAGCAUAAAAAAUGCCUCUCUACAAACUCUCUCUAAGGGUAGUGUUGUUGGAACAUCAAGUCUGAGAAGAACUGCUCAACUAGCAAAAAAAUACCCCCAUUUAAAGGUAGAAAAUAUCAGGGGUAAUCUGAAUACAAGGCUCAAAAAGUUGGAUGAUUUAGGGAAAUAUCACGCCAUUAUAUUGGCAGCAGCCGGUUUAAUAAGAAUGGGGUGGAAUGACAGAAUAAGCAAGAUUUUGGAGCCAGAAGAGAUUUUAUACGCAGUGGGACAAGGCGCUUUGGCAGUGGAAUGCAGGGAAAACGAUGAAAAUACAAUCAAACUUUUAGCGCCUUUGUACGAUUUACACACGGCUUUGAGGGUGAUUUCUGAGAGAAGCUUCAUGAAAACUUUGGGUGGCGGAUGCAGCGCCCCCGUGGCGAUAUCAUCGGAACUAAUAAACGUUGCUGGUAGCAGUGAGUAUAAGUUGAAUUUAAAGGGGGCUGUUUGGUCGUUGGAUGGUACUGAGGAGGUCGUUGAAGAGGGGAGUUGUGGCUUAUUUUUGCGCGAGUUAAAGAAAUGCGCCAGUUGUCCCUUUAACACCAGGGCUAUAACUACUAGUAUAGAGGAUAUGGAGUGCUUAAAAGAGUGCAAAAAAUGCCCUAAUAAAAGUAGUGAAGAGAAACCGUCGAAGAGGCAAAAGUUGGAUGAAGAUAUACUGAGUGAUAUGUUAAAAAAUGAUCCACAUGAGCACUGUCCUGUUAAAAUGCCCAUAGGAUCGGACUUUAUGGGCAAAUGUCCGUAUUUAGAGUCACACUCUAAAGCAGGUAAAUGUCCGGUGAAUGCAACUAUGGAAGGGACAUCUACAUCCACGGAGUUAUAUCAACAAUGCCCAUUCAUGAAGAACGGAAAUCUUUCUAUAAUAGAAAACGAAAUAUUAAAAACUGACGAUCCAAUCAAAGAAAGUGAAAAUCUUUACUGCGGUUUGGUCCUUCACAAAGAAGCUCCCCUAGAAGUUUUCCUAAAAUCCCUAAAUCUGGGGAAAGAUUUGGCUCUUAAGUUGGCCAAAAAAGGUGCCUUAGAAAUCAUGACCAAAGCUCAAGCUGUUAUACAUUCUGAAGUGGCUGCCAGUAGUAAAAGUUGAUUUUCCAAGACUGCCUUUUUUUAGUUAUGUACUGGUAAAAUGUUUCUAUUUUUACAUAGUUAGUAGCAAAUGGUGACAAGUUGUUUUACAGAUUUAUUUAUGUGUUAUAUAUAAUGUAUUUAAUUACCUGUUUUAUAUGUUUAUUGUUGAAAUACAG